UUGUCAGGUGGCCGCCGCCGGGAGCGGAGCGAGCCGGGGAGGACGGCCGAAGCGGGCCUGGGCUGCGGCAGGAGAUUCCCUCCGGCCGGGCCCGGGGGUCAUGGGUGAGGAGCGCUGAGCGGCCGCCGGGACCGAGUCCCGGACCUUUCCACCAUCCAGCCUUCUCCAGAGUGAUGCCUGCUGUCUCCUGAGGCAUUGGAAAACCUAGUUUGGAAGAAGAAUAAAGAUAUGGUUGAUGCUGAACUACAACAGCUGAGGAUGAAGCGGCGAGCGUCAGACAGAGGAGCUGGGGAAACAUCCGCUAAGGCAAAGGCUCUUUGUGCAGGGAUUUCUGGAAGUAAUGCCAAGAGAGCAGGCCCUUUCAUCCUAGGUCCACGUUUAGGUAACUCCCCUGUGCCAAGUAUUGUUCAGUGUUUGGCAAGAAAGGAUGGGACAGAUGACUUCUAUCAACUAAAGAUUCUUACCUUGGAGGAAAGGGGUGACAAAGGAAUAGAAACCCAGGAGGAGCGACAGGGCAAGAUGCUGCUGCACACAGAGUACUCUCUCCUUUCCCUUCUGCACAAUCAGGAUGGAGUGGUUCACCAUCAUGGGCUCUUUCAGGACCGAACUUGUGAAAUCAUAGAAGAUCUGGAAACCAACAGAAUGGUCAGGAAGAUGAGGAAGCGCAUUUGCCUUGUUUUAGACUGUCUCUGUGCUCACGAUUUCAGCGACAAGACAGCAGAUUUAAUCAACCUGCAGCAUUACGUCAUUAAAGAGAAGAGACUCAGCGAACGGGAGACUGUUGUUAUAUUCUACGAUGUGGUACGAGUGGUGGAAGCAUUACACAAGAAAAAUAUUGUGCACAGAGACUUGAAACUAGGAAACAUGGUGCUAAACAAAAGGACUCACCGAAUAACCAUAACAAACUUCUGUCUUGGAAAGCACCUAGUGAGCGAAGACGACCUGCUGAAGGAUCAGCGAGGGAGCCCCGCGUACAUCAGCCCAGACGUUCUCAGUGGUCGGCCGUAUCGUGGGAAACCCAGCGAUAUGUGGGCACUGGGCGUGGUGCUCUUCACCAUGCUGUACGGCCAGUUUCCUUUCUAUGACAGCAUACCUCAGGAGCUCUUCCGCAAAAUCAAGGCUGCCGAGUACACCAUCCCUGAAGAUGGGCGGGUUUCUGAAAACACUGUGUGUUUGAUCCGAAAACUGCUGGUGUUGGAUCCGCAGCAGCGUCUCACGGCCUCCGAAGUACUGGAAUCCCUCAGCUCCAUCAUAGCAUCGUGGCAGUCCAUGUCCUCACUAAGUGGCCCUUUGCAAGUGGUGCCUGAUAUUGAUGACCAGGUGACUAACCCAGAAACCCCCCAAGAGGCGAAGGUGACCGAAGAGUGCUCGCAGUACGAGUUUGAGAACUACAUGAGGCAGCAGCUGCUCCUGGCUGAGGAGAAGAACACGCUGCACGAGGCGAAGAGCUUCCUGCAGAAGCGGCAGUUUGGGAACAUCCCGCCCGUGCGACGCCUGGGGCAUGAUGCCCAGCCCAUGAACCCUUUGGAUGCUGCCAUCCUGGCCCAGCGAUACCUUCGGAAAUAGCUUCCCACACAUCCAACAGCACAAGCACCAUCCUGCAGUCUGCCUUUCACGUUGCUACUACAGCUCGACAGCAAUACCUGUGCCCUGUGAUAGAGAUUAAUGUAGCAGCUCCUUCAAGCUCUGUUAAGGGACACGCCUCAUGCUCGCUCUGUUGGAGGGAGAAGACUUUUGAGAAAGGUAGUUUUGGAAGCAGCAAACUCUUGGCAUCUUUUGGAAUCUCCGAUUUUUAAAUCCAAGCCUGGAUGACUAAUCUGCUUUUAAUCAUGACUUUUUAAUCUACCUCUGUCUUUUUAACUGUGCUGUUCUCUGGAUGGAGCAAAACCUCUGGGAAGGGAGACUAUUACCAAGGGUGAAAUCGAUAUGUGGCUGUGUGUGCAGUAUGGAGAGUUGGCUGGUAGCAUUUGCUCCAUAUGGUUUGAAUAAGCUUAAUUUUAUCUGGGUUUCAUGAAAGUAACAAUUUCUUGAAACCUCCCACCCCUUAUCUGCAUGAAACCUUCGUUCUAUUUUUAACACAACACCUGGGUUGGAUAUAUUUUGUCUAAUCCUGGCUGGUGUCUCCGUAACAGCACUUUUGGCCUUUAAUAAGCAUCAUACGAACAUUAACAUCCUGGUUACCUUAGACAGCUAAGAAAUGAAGCCUGUUUCCUGAGCAGUGGGACCAGGGGGAGAUGCCAAUGACCAUUUCAGGCCAGCAUUACAAAGCUCUAUUAUAAAGUCUUUCCAGGCUUAUUCAGAGGUUUUGCAGAACCCCAUUUAGCCCGUCUUGGCCCUGACUCCCCCUCAUGGAUUCUUUUAGCCUCUCAAGAAUAUAUGAUUGAUCCUGUUUUUCAGUAGCUUAUCUAAGGUGCAGUAAAUUUGCAUUAAUUCUGUUAGCAUUUUCACCGUUCAUCCUGGUACACAGAUAAUAUAUGAGUUAUAAUGUGAAAAAGUUCCCCAGAAUAAUCUGUGUCGAAUUAGAGGGAGGGGUUGGCUAAAGCCUCGACUGUAUGUGCUCUCUAGUUUAUCUUGCCCUCCCAGUCCUGCCAUGUGAAUCUGGUGCUGUUCCUCUGGUCUGGCCAUUGGGAAUUAGCGUGGACAGGGACAUCCCAGCUUCCACCACCAAAUGCCAUUAAAUAAGCAUUGGGCUGUGUUGAGAACAGGAUAGAUCAUUUCAGAGCCUCAUUUUGUGAACUGGAUGCCGGUCUUGCCAGAGAACUGUUCUCACCAGAGAGAUCCCAUGGCCUACGCUGCCUGAUCCAGGCGUCUGAUUAACCCAGAAGCCAGUUUUGCUUUUCCCCUAGACCUGACCACACACUGUUCCCAGCCGUAGCUUGGAGCCCCACAGCACUCACGCGAAUAAGCUUUAAUGUAAUGGUCUCUCUUAGUUGUGGUAACCAAAGAAACCACCUGAUUUCAGGGGAGCUAUAUAAAAAAGCAGUAGUGUGGAUAGCUGGGAGCUGGCUGGGCAGGUGCGAGGAAAUGCUGGAAUAACAGAUGCGAGAAGCUGGCAAUCCCUGGACCCUGGCACGGAGAUGGGAAUUGUGCUGGCCACAGGUUGGGCUCAGGGUUGCCAAAUCAAAAGUACUUCUCACUAGAUACAGGGGUUUGUGCUGAGAAGUAGCAACAUCAGCCAAGUACCUGGAACAGGUGCUCGCUGGCUGAGCCCCCGUGUCACUGGGUAUCCAGUGUGGGGCCGCAGCCCGUGCAGUCCCCAGCACCUGCUUUUUCGUUCCCCCGGUACGUGAGUGAGCGCAAGCAUGGCCUGAGUCGUGGGAUUUAUUUGUAGCUUGUUGCCGUCUCUUGCCUAAAGGCUGGAGAUGUCUUAGCCUUUUCCCAGUUGUAUUUAAAUCUACAGCCCUCUGUCAGUGGAUUCUGCCUGUUGAUGCACUCGGGGGCUGAACUGAAAUUCCUUGGCGGGAAUGUUAAUUGUAAGCUUUGGGCAUUAUGUUCUGCCUCCGAACUCCCUGAAGCAGAUUCACGGUGUGCAGGAAGUUCCUCAUGAACACUAACAGGGACUAGAACAGCCUCGCCAAGCUCGCCGGGAUGAGCCAGUAGCUUGAAGUCGUAUUAGUCUCUUAUUUAUUUUGUUCAAAGAUGCUACGUACGGGUGUGGCACCACUACCCUUCAGUGCCGUCAGCAUGAGAGCUGGCAUGCGGAGCCCCUUGCCAUUGGCUGCUCAAAAAUACCAGCCAACCACCACGUAACAGCUCUGCCAGGCAGGCCUCCCUGCGGGCUUGCCCUGCACCGUGCGGGAAGGGCUUUCUGAGACCUGGGCACUGCACACCGCCUCAGGGCAAUAGCCUGACGGCCCAUUCUUGCCAGUUCCUCUUCCCCUCCACAGUUCUCACGGCAGGCUGGAGCCCAGGAGCGCUGUGUGGAUUGUUGCACCUCCAGUCCCCCCCGCCGUCCCCCAUCCGCCCCCCCCGGUCUAGCUCGCUACUUGUUCGUGUUUUGUUUUUUUCCCAAAGUUAAAGCAAUAUUCUGGGGACUCUGCAAAGUUGUAUAAUACUGAGUAUUCCUGCAAAUGACUAAUCACCAGUGAAUGAUCACAUGUUUAUAGUAAAGAAACUGGAAAAAGAUGGCAGUGCCCGGGGCGGGUUUGAGAGCUGCUGGGGUUGGUUUCAGUAGAUUAGACAUAUGACAUGCUGUAGACAAGGAUCCUAGUGUAAAAAAUGGAAAAAAAAAAAUUUGUAUAAAGACAUAUUUUUGUACUACAUCAAAACUCUUCCUGCAUGUCAGCAAUAAAAUUUCAUAAUGUA